UGCUAUGGCAACGUCAAAUAAGCAUUAUAGUUUUGGAGAACUGGUAGUGUAGCAGAAGAGUGGUCACCGAAGUACUAAUGGCCCCUUAUCACUCGAAAUGUAUUCCAAUUCUGACGAAGCUUUGACACAAGUUGCUAAUGUAAUAAGAAUGGAAAAUCCUUAGCUUUUAAGCACCGAUCUUGUCUUGCCAUGUUACCAUGUUCAUUAGGUAUAUGAAAAGAGAAAAGGUAUCGUGGUACUUAUUCCUACCAUCAGCGUAUGGAGACCGGAGUAGCAAGCAAUGGGUAUGGAAUGACAAUAAACGAGAAUCUGAACGUACCAACUUCAACAGUGAUUCGCAAAGCGAUGCUGCAGGCCGAUAUGAUGUGUAUGAAGAUAGUCGGUUAUUUGCUCCAAAUAAUCGACCACUGUAUACUGAAGUUUUGCCGCCAAGGCCACCACCUGUUAUUCCCGAAAGGCCUGGAAAUCUGUACCUGGACAACAACCAGGGUUCUUAUGGCUUAGGAGCAGGAAGUUACCACGUAACAAAUGGAGUGGCUCAAGGAGUUUUGACAGCACCGUUACCAAAUCAAGUUCCUCACCAAGAGUUAGAUCGAUGCAAAUGUACACAGAAGUUCAACUGCCAGGGAAUUGCAUACGGCCAUUGCGACGUCGGUAAACAAUACUGCUGCUACUCCUCAAAUCACGUGAAACCACAAGUAGGCUUCCAACCAUCAGUUUCAUUGAAUCCUAUUGAAAAUGGAGUCCUAGUGGGACCUGGGCAUUUCAAACCGGGAUAUGGAUUAGAAAACGGAGUACUUACAGGCCCUGGAAGGCCUACCGUCAAUACACUUCACAGGCCUCCGAUCGUUGGAGGUUUUCAUGGAGGAAACAGAAGGCCACUCAAUGGAAAUACUUAUUCAGCUGCUAAUGGUGUACUCGUUGGACCUGGUGGACCGAUAGAUCGGCCUACUUAUGGAUUUGCAAGGAACAACUGAAUAUACCAGCUACAUAUCGUCGUCUUGGAGUGUAAACCUUCUAAAUCCAUCUGUAUCUUAUAUGCCUUAUUAAGACCAGUCGAUAAACAAAGACACUCUUCACCAUCAAGCAAAGAAACCAAGUCAUACUAAGAGUGUACGAAAAGUAAACUGCUAAAUCUAAACAGCAGACAUUCCAUCACAAGAGCUGUAAAAUUGGAAUUACGAAAUGAAAUUACUGUUUUUGCUGCUUUCAUUUUCAAAUGCUACAAAAUAAUUCAACUAUAUUUUCAUUUUUAUUUUUAAUUGGCAAUUAUGUAUCAGGUAACCAAAUAAGUUCGUUCGACUUUUUGGUAGAAACUUUCUUCCGAUUGAUCAGAGAAAGCUGUUUCUGGAUGAGUGCUGCUUGUACUCGUUGAAGUUGCCUACAAUACAAGUUAGCAGUGAUGGUUUGACCCCUUUUCGAAAACUCAUAAUGGACAAUUCCAGUUGCUGUCCACCAAACACACAACAAAAUCUUGUUUGGGUGCAAGGAAACCUUGGGCGUGUGUGCUACCGCAUCAGUAGGCCAGAACCAAUGAUACGAACACUUAUAAUUCGAAUACAAGAUCCAUUUUUUGUCGCAGGUUAAUAACCGAUUAAGAAAUAGUUCAUUAGCGUUGCAUAAAAUGUUUGCUCAAGAAAUGGUAAGACGACUUAAUUUGUUAUCAUUUGUCAGUUCAUGUGGGGCCCAUUUGCUUAACUUCCACGUCUUUCCUAGCUGAUGAAGAUGCAAACAAAUAGUUUCAGGACUCACUCUGAACAUUUCUGUUCUUGGCACGUUGUCCUUGAAUUUGCGUCCACAACCAGUCGAAGAUCCUGAGCGCGAUUCAUCGCUCAAACUGAAAUCUCCCGAAGAACAUUUUUUGAACCACUUCUGCGCUGUUCGAUCACUAACGGCACCAUCUCCGAAUGCGGUACAUACUUUUCGCGCCGCCGCUGCAGCUUUUGUACCAAGUUUGUACUCAUACAGUAAAUAACUUCGAGUUUCUGUUUUAUUUGUCGCCAUUUUCAAGUAUUAAAACUAGGUAUGUAAGUAUUUUCAUAAACUUUUUAUGUAUGUGAGAGAAGGAUUCAUACUAAAGUGCAAACAGGUAACAAACAUUCGCUAUCGAUCAACCACAUCCAUGGCAAUGUGCGAUAUACAGCAACCGCACGUACUUAUUUGGUUACCUGAUAUUUUGUAACGUUAUAUGACUGCCCCGUAAAUUUCCUGCGGGCAGAGUUAGUAGGGUUACACUCUAAACCAAGGAUAUAUAUCUCCAGCAGAAAACUCCGCAGAUACCUAUAACAAUUGAGGCUGCCUGAUUUUGUUUCAUAUGUGAAUACCUUGGUUGAUAGGGUAUCACAAGUAAUGUAAGGAAGAAUGUUACCAGUUGUGCUGUGCGCCUGUACAAUAUAUUUCGUACGAAACAAUUCCACACGAAACAUGAAAAAUGGGUGCCAGUAUAUUUGGAUGACAUAUUUAUCGCCCUUCUGAAUAAAAAUUCAAAUGGGACCAAAGCAAUCCUAUGAUUAGUCUCUGAGAAAUAUUAGGAGAAAGUUUGCCGAUUUGUACUCUUAUAAAUGAUGAAUGAACAUAAAUUCAAUUUUCAAAUUCCUCAAGAAAACUGUUCAAAUGCAGCAUGUACGGAAUCUAAAAGACCCUUAUAAAUUACCUGGUGGUCUUAUUACCGUCAUCCAAUCAUUACGUGGGCGACCCGAUAAGAACUUAGCCUACCCAAAAAAAACAAAUCAUCAGUCUCCUUUUAGCUUGAUACACCUGACCCAGCGAUGCUCCAACUUCUUCAAGCCUUCUGAAAAAUACGUUUUUCGGAGGUCCGCAAAGUAUAGGCUCCCGUAGCGACGAUAACCUCCUCAUUCGACUCAAAUUCCUGCCCGGCAAGUGACUUUUUCAAGUUUGGGAACAAGAAGAAGUCGCACGGGCCAAAUCUGGAGAAUAUACUGUGGAUGGGGCAGCAAUUCGUAGCCUAAUUCGACCAAUUUGGCGGUGGCGACGGAGGAUGUGUCAUGGUGGAAGAGCAAUUUUGGCCCAAUAAUUCGACAUAGUAGAGCCCUGUAACCGUUUUGUCCAUCUCCAUAUAUAGAUCCAUAAAACGGUGGCCAUCUCCUUUCCGGCCGACAGGAUAGCCUUUAUCUGUUCGCCGGAUAACGUCCACUGUUUCGACUGUUUCUUGAUCUCUGGUGUGAACUAUUGGAUCCAUGUUUUGUCGACGAUCACGAAACUACCAAGGAACUCCUUCGGGUCGCGCUUAAACAGCGUCAAACACUGCUCUGAGGUGGUGUCACGGUUGCGCUUGUUGUCCGAAAGGAACAAACGCGGCACCCAUCGCGCUGACAGCUUUCUCAUGCCCAAUAUUUCAUUCAGGAUAUGACUCACGCGGUCUUUUGAUAUGCCUACAGUCUCAACUAUCUCGCGCAUCUUCAGUCCGUGGUCUGCCAAUAUUAAAUCGUCGAUUUCUGUCACGUUAUCCUAUGUGGUAACCGUUUUCGGGGCACCUGGACGUGGCUCAUCAAAAACCGACGUGCGACCACAACCAAUUUUCGACGGUGGCCAUCAAAGGAGAAGAGUUACCGUACACAGCAUCCCAACGCUCUUUGAUUUCGCUGCGCGAUUUGCCUUCUAAAAGCAAGAAUCGGAUCACCGACCGAUAUUGCUUUUUUUCCAGUUUUCUAGAAUCCGCGGAUAUGCCCGCUUGAACACGCGGACAAAAAAAAAGAGUCCGAUUAGGCUGAAAUUUUGACAGUAGCUACCCACGAGAAUGUACUACACGAUAGUAAAUUGCUCUUGCGAUAGUGACGCCAUCGGGCGGUGAGGCUAAGUACUUAUCGGACCGCCCUCGUAUCCAUGCGAGGUGCUAAUGCUGCAUUAGCGCAACAGCGCAAGAGCCAACCGUCGCGUCGUUCUACUGCUAGACGAAGUUGAAGCUAUAUUCUCACAAUGAUUUUAUACUAACGUAUUAGAAACUCAAUAAACUAUCGACUAUGGAUAUCUUAUCGACCAGCUUAUCAAAAUAACGAGGAUCUCCCUGUUGGUUAUGCAAUAAUUAAUGGGUAUUAUCGCGAAGAAAAUCUGAGGCCCAAAUACUUGGUACAUGUGGUUUUUUUAUAUGCAAACCGUUUGAUAUGCCGCAAGCAGGCCAAAACAAAAGGAUCAAGUUGUUGUCAAUAUAAAUUACCGUACCAUAAAGCUAUGUUCACAUUAUUGCGAUGUUUUUUCUCUUUUGUCCUCAAAAUCAGCAUGACCUUGAAUUUGCUUUAUAAAUGUCAUAAUUAAAGACAACUAAACAACCGUGCUCUUGUGAAACAAACGCUCCUCUUGAAUGAAGUCCAGUUCAGUGUCGUAUAAAAAUCAGCUUGCCCUUAAAGUGACCUCAUAAGGGUCAUGGCAAAGAUCAACAUGACACCUUCCAGUACCUCCGCAAAAGGUUUUUAAAUGAAAUACUUUCUUCUAUAUAAGAAUACUCGAGUAUUUGGCCGGAGAAUUGCAAUCAACACAUUCACCAUUUUUGCAAAUCGGGCAAACUUCCUUCCCUUUUUCUCAGAAAUCCAUUUUCCAUAUCUUUUGCGCGGGUGCCUUUAUUCUAGGCCCCAAAUACUCAUGUAACGAAGUGUUUUCUCAUAGACAAUUUUAUACGCUUAACUCACUACGAAGAUUGUAACACAGCACGCUCUUUAUUCGAGUAAGAAUUUCCCAGGCGAGGUUUAUUGGAUAUAAGUACAAAAUAAUAACGAAAUAUAUCACUACAGAAUCAAUUAUUGUGUGUCUUUGAAAUAAAAUCGAUUUUAGCGUUUGUUUGUUAUGGAUAUACGAAUAUAUUAUUCCUAUAAGUAUUGCAGAGUAACGACUCUUGCGUACAAUAAUUAUUACAAUAUGAAUUUUAUUGUUAGGUUUCGUUCAUUGCAAUGAUUGCAGUGUCUUAUUUUGUUGAUUAAAGAUUAUUGCCAAAAAAGAAACAUCUGUCUAGAUUUAAGGCUGACUGUUUUAGUGAUCAUUGGUGUUAAUAAAAAAAUUAGUAUGUAGUUAUGUGCCUUUUUGUGUUGAUUAGUACAUUUAAACAGGAAAGAAUUAAGCUAAGAA